AUGGGAAACAGACGAAGCAAACGUGCUCCUCCUGUGCCUCCUCCUGAUAUUCCUCCUCCGGUUUUUAAUGAGCCAUUUCCAACAGAUAAUUUUACUUCUACAACUAUUCGUCGACGACGCCGAUAUCGACAAAAGCCACUUCCUCCUAAAAUCCGUGCCAUCUUUAUACCUCAAGCUUCUCCUGUUGGGAUGUGCGCUUUACCAAUGGCUGUUGCAACACCAGUAGCAUGCCCCUGCGCUAAUUUCGGUAAUAAGAUCACCAUCGAUUUUUGA